GUUUCAGCACAUCCACCGGAUUUGACUUUCGGGAUUAAUACUCCUAUCGGGGAUGGAAAAUCAGCGUGCACAUGCCACCCUCUGGUCGGCAAUAACCGUCAAAGCCUUUGAAGUUGGAACCACGCACCCGCACACGUGCGACACGUCGCUCUCCCCUAGAGAUUCCUCCCCAAGCCAUGAGCCAUCACUGUAUUACAAAGCACCCGAGCGCUCGCCAAACCAAAGAGAGUCAAACACAACCAAUUAACCACCGCGCAACGAGCAUCCGGCGGGCCGAAGAAAUGGAGACGACGAUGACCCCCCCGCCGGCGCUUGCGCAGACGCAGGAGCAGGAGCAGGCGUGGCAGGGGGCGGUGGAGGCGGCCCUCCCGUCGACGCCAGCCGCCGCCGCGUGGCCGCACCUGGCCAGCUUCUGCGCGCUGCACCGGUACCUCUCCGGCGUGGACGUCUGCGAGCGCGUGGCCGGCGAGGACGGCCGCCCCGGCUGCGUCCGCUACGUCGCCUCUUCUUCGCCGGGGGGUGCGGAAGACAAGGAGUCCGCGACGUGGGCGCGCGAGGAGCUGCUGGAGCUGGACGACGCCGCGCGCCGGCUCAGCUACGCCGUGGUCGGCAGCAACAUGGGGUUCGGCCGCUACGUGGCCACCAUGUCCGUGCACGCCGAGCUCGAGGAGCUGGCGUCCGGGUGCAGGCUGGUGUGGGAGUUCGAGUGCGAGCCCGUGCAAGGGUGGAGCCGGGACGGCCUCGUCGCCUACCUCGACACCGCCCUCAAGGGCAUGGCCGACAGGAUCCAGGCCGCCGCCGCCGCCGCGAAUGAAUGAUCAUGAUGAAGGCGUCUCUGUGCUUGCUGCUACUCAUCAUGACUCAUUAAUGCCUCCUUAAUCUCAUCAAAUGCCUGCCUUUCUUUGUUUAGCAUAUCUCUUUCUGGAAUGCUUUUAUUAGUGACCGCGAAUCAGCUGAGACUGCUAGCUAGUAGAUUGAAAGGGAUGUAUCUGUAAUCUGUUGCUUCCUGUUUGUUUUCUUCUUCUCGGGUAGAACCAAAGUGCUGGCCAGCUAUUACUUGAUGUGAAAGAUGUGCACGUAUUUAUCUUAUUCUGGUGUGCAAUCGAAUUUGAAACCUGCGAUUCCGAUAAA